UUACUCCUUGAAACUGAUCCAUAAACUCUCUCACCACUACCGUUGUUUAAAGUUUUAAACCUUUUCAGAUAGUCUGUCUAAGAAAAGCAAACCAAGAACACACAAACAUCAUGGCAUCAAUCUCUGCUCCCUUCUGCACUUGCAUGGUGAUGAUGAUGGUCAUGUUGGUCACUACCAAUGUGCCAGUUGAAGCUGCGAAGGAGUUCAAAGUUGGUGGUGAUAUGGGUUGGGUACUACCUGAUGCUAACAACUCUGCAACCUAUAACCAGUGGGCUUCAAGGAACAGAUUUCACAUUGGAGAUUCUCUCUCUUUUGAGUACCAGAAUGAUUCAGUUCUUGUGGUGGACAAAUGGGACUACUACCAUUGCAACACAACCGAGCCUAUCACUUCCUUCAGCAAUGGAAAGAGUGUCAUCCAGCUUGAUAGGUCUGGGCCUUUCUACUUCAUUAGUGGGGACACUGAUAACUGCAAGCAUGGCCAGCGGUUACUUGUUGAAGUGAUGUCUAUGCACAUGCACCAUAUCCCUCCAUCUCCUCCAUCAAUUGCCUUUCCCCCUGGUUCAGACACCGGGACUGACCCUGCGUCUUCAGCAAUCAGCACCGCUCCUGCUCCAUCACCAAGUUCAGGAAUUCAAAUUUCAGCCACACUUGGUUCAGUCUCUAUGGCUCUUAUUGCCAUCUCUUUUAUUUUUCUAUGGUUUGAACCAUAGACUAUUUUUAUGUCAUCAUUUGUGCUGGUUUUCUUUUUCAGUCAGAUUCCGGCUGUUAGGAUCUAUUGUGUCUGCCCAUUCAUAUGACUUAUUUAUCAUUUAUUAAACAUUGUUUGUUUCUUUAUGUUGGGAGUUGAGAAUCAUGUUUUAAUACUUUAAACAUUGCAAUUCAGUCAGUACUUCAGCUAAAU